AGAGAUUAUAGGUCACAAAAUGCUCUAAGUCUAUCAUCUUCACAGUAAAUCCUUUUUCAGAGGAAUUGAUUAUUAAAAUUUAAAACCUUCCAAGGGAUUGUAUGAAUUGAGCCUCUAAAGCUUCCCAUUCGUCUUCAUCUGCCUUUCUCAUCUUUGUUGCAGAAGAGACAUUUGGUUCUUCCACUCAAAGGAGAAAGAAAAUUUGAGAUAUGUCGUCCAGGUUCUCAUCUCUCUUUUUCGAAAGCAACGACCAUAACUAUCUCUCUUCUUUUCUUUUAUGGGCGUAAGUCUCUCUCUCUCUCUUCAACAGUAGAUGAACGAUCACAAGACUAGCAUUGCAAAAUACAAUGAAAAGACGUGUUAUGGCCCUGUUCAAAACCUAGCUUUUUGCUUCUCUCGAUCUUCCAUGUGUUUAUACUGUUAUAAUUUCAUACUUCUUGGGGGCACGGGAUACUUUCAGUAUUUCAUUUUCUCAAACAGCCGAUGCAAGCUUGCCAACCCAUUAGUAAAAAUGGCCACCACCAUAUUGUAUUAAAAUGGUGAAGGGCACGGUUUUGAUGGCAUUGCAGGCCAAGGUGCACGAGGACAAUUCGACAUUUCACGUUUUCCUAGCCGAAUAAUGCCAAGGGUGAAAACUCACCGAUAGACUCCUGAAGAAGUUGGAGGCAACACUCUUGUCUGUGAGCGCAGUGCUCGAAGACGCGGAGGAAAAGCAAGUCACAAAACCUGAUGUAAGAAGGUGGAUUGAUGAGCUGAAGGAUGCGUUCUAUGAUGCAGAGGACAUCUUGGAUGAGAUUGCUACUGACACCUUGCAACGUAAAUUGGAUGCUGAAUUUGACACCACUGCAAAAAGGGUACGGAAUUCUAUCUCUUGUCUUAAUCCUUUUGUGAAGGAUACAGAAACAAAGGUAGAAGUGGUGCUUGAGACACUAGAAUAUCUAGCAAGGCAAAAAGAUGCUAUAGUUUUGAGAGAUGGUGUUGGAGGGAAACAAUUCGAAAGAUUACCUACAACCUCUUUGGUUGAAGAAUCCCAUAUCUGUGGUAGAAAUGAAGAUAGGGAAAAAAUAAUUGAGGAGUUGUUGUCAGUCGGCGUAAAUGGCAAAGAGAUGAGUGUGAUUGCCAUAGUCGGCAUGGGGGGAAUCGGCAAGACUGCCCUUACCCAGUUUGUAUACAAUGACAGCAAGGUGAAGGAGCAUUUUAACGUUGAACCAUGGGUUUGUGUUUCGGAUGAAUUUGGUCUAUUUAAGAUAAUGAAAACAAUUCUAGAGAAAGUAACCAAGUCAUCCUCUGAUACAACAGAUCUAGACGAGAUUCAAGUUACACUAAAGGAAAAAUUGGCGGGAAAGAGAUUUCUUUUUGUUUUAAAUGAUGUUUGGAAUAAAAAUUAUGUUCAAUGGGAGGUUCUAAGCAAUUCCUUUAAAUCUGGAGUGCAAGGAAGUAAGGUCAUUGUGACAACACGCGAGGCCGACGUUGCAUUAGCCAUGCGUGCUGAGGUAAUUCGUAAUCUCUUGAACUUACUAGAAGAAGAUUGCUUGUCACUUUUUACAAAACAUGCAUUCCCCAAAGGAAAGGCUGAUGCUUAUCUACAACAAGAAGCAUUAGGUAGACAGAUUGUAGAGAAGUGCGGAGGUCUUCCUCUAGCAAUCAAAACAAUUGGGGCUCUUUUAAGGUCUAAAUUGGAUGUUGCUGAAUGGGAUAUGAUAUUGAAGAGCGAGCUAUGGGAUUUACCAAUUGAGCAGAUAAAUGUCAUGCCCGUUCUAAGAUUAAGCUACAAGCAUCUCCCCUCACAUGUGAAAUGGUGCUUUGCUUAUUUUUCAAUAUUUCCCAAGGAUUAUGUUUUUGAAAAAAAUCAAUUAAUCUUACUAUGGAUGGCUGAAGGUUUCCUGCAAGAACAAGGAAACAAAACAAUGGAAGAAACUGGCGAUGAUUACUUCCAAGCUCUUAUGUCAAGAUCAUUAUUCCAACAAUUAAACAACAAUAAAUCAUGCUUUGUAAUGCAUGAUCUUGUCAAUGACCUAGCAAAAUUUGUGUCUGGGCAAUGUACCAUUAGAUUGGAAGGUGACUGUUCUUACGAGAUCGGAAACAAGACUCGCCAUCUAUCCUAUGUCAAAACAAAAUUUGAUAGCUUUAAGAAGUUCCAGCCUUGUCAUAUGGCUACGCAGUUGCGCACCUUCUUACCACUAGAAUUGUUAUCGAUUCCUUCCUGCCACUUAUCCAAAAAGGGGUUUGAGGUCACUGCCUGACAAUAUGCAUGCACUGCUUCGAUCUCUUCAGUAUUUAUAUAUUGAACAAUGUCUGGAAGUCAUGUCAUUACCUGCAGGGGCUUUCUUCCCAGUCUGAAUUCAAUUAGCAUCUGCCGUUGUGACAAACUAUUUGCCAAUCGGAUACGGUGGGGUUUGCAGAAACUCUCUUCAGUUAGAACUAUGAUAAUUGCUGACGAAUCUGAAGAUGUGGAGUCCUUUCCAGAGGUAGGGUUGCUGCCCAGCAGUCUGACCUCUCUCCGCAUCUGCGGUUUUCCCAAAAUGAAAUAUUUGGACAAGAAGGGGAUUCAACACCUCACCUCUCUUGAAGAAUUACAAAUUGAUGACUGCCCUAAGCUCAAGUGCAUGCCAGAAGAGGGCCUGCCUACCUCCCUUUCAAUUCUGCAGAUAAAAAACUGUGCUUUGUUGAAGAAACAAUGGCAAAGGAAAAAAGGAAAAGAAUGGUGCAAGAUUGCUCAAGUCCCUAGCAAAUUGAUUGAUUUGGAAUGGAUCGAAUGAGCUGAAAAGUCUAGCGAGGCCCCCACUCUGUUAUAAUAUCAGCUUUUGGACUCAGAUUCAUCUCGAAUGAAAUCUGAAAUGGUAUAAAUGUCUUGCUGGGGCAUCUUUUGGCUCUGGUGUCAACCUCCUCUACCGCAGGUGUUCAGCUGGUCAUUUGGAGGUUUGUGGUUGCAACUUAAUUCUUGAUUGAAGACGAUUUGAACAAUUGCAGCAAGAACUAGAUGAUUAAGGGGAAUGCUGACCCAGCAUUUGAUGAGGGGAUUACAGAAGCAUCGAACGAACGUCACCAAAUACAAUAUACUGAAGGUGACGAGCUAGUUCGCUCAUUCAGCAGCUGUUUAAUUGCCCACUUUGUUCUAUUGCUCUGAGGGAUUUUUAUGUGUUUUCUCGACUGAUGUUUUAUGCCGAAGAAACAGCACCGUGUAAGUGUUCUUAGCGGUCUGUAUGGAGCAAAUUAUCAACAUUCCUGUAGUUCUCCUUAUGGAGGAUGAUAUGGUAGUCGUGCCCCAUAUCAAUCCCCAAAGACAUUCCUUCCAUGCCCAGCCCGAUCCCUUCCCAGGUACUACUUAGGACCAGCGAGUGGGAUGACUUCUGGCUAGGUCACCAAGGUGAAAUGAUUGAGACAA